CUCAGAUACUUUUAUUACUUGGCUGAAUCUUUCUGCAGAUAUCUGUUCUGAAAUACUUUGAUGUGGAGCAAGCACUGUUGCUAGGCUGCUCUGAAAGCUUGAGAUGGCUCUGACUUCUCCAAAAUUUGUAGCAGAGGAUUUGACACCAAGAGAAGAACUCAUGCUCCAUGAUGGAAACUGUUUCCACUUCCUCUCCGCAAACAUCAUCACAAUAGUGGAAAGAUGUAUGAGUUCCAUGCAAGCUGGUACCCAAAUGAUCAAACUCCGUGGCAGUUCCAAAGGGUUGGUCCGCUUCUAUUACUUGGAUGAGCACAAAUCAUGUAUUCGCUGGAGACCCUCUCGAAAGAAUGAGAAAGCCAAAAUUUCUAUCGACUCUAUUCAGGAGAUUUGUGAGGGGAAGCAAUCGGAGAUCUUUCAGCGCUAUGCUGAUGGCAGUUUUGAUCCCAACUGCUGCUUCAGCAUCUACUAUGGAGACCAUAUGGAAUCUCUUGACCUGGUAUCUUCCAGUGGAGAGGAAGCACGCACCUGGAUCACAGGGCUUAAAUAUCUGAUGGCAGGGAUCAGUGAUGAAGACAGCCUCUCAAAACGCCAAAGGACCAGAGACCAGUGGUUGAAGCAGACGUUUGAUGAGGCAGAUAAAAAUGGUGAUGGCAGUCUGAGUAUUAGUGAAGUGCUCCAGCUAAUGCACAAACUGAAUGUGAACCUACCCCGACAAAAAGUCAAGAAAAUGUUUAAGGAGGCUGAUACGGAUGAUAACCAGGGCACGCUAGGCUUUGAUGAGUUCUGCGCCUUCUAUAAGAUGAUGUCAACACGACGUGAUUUGUACCUGCUAAUGCUCACCUACAGCAACCACAAGGACUACCUAGAUACAGAUGACCUGAGACGCUUUCUGGAGAUUGAACAGAAGAUGAUGAACGUGACUAAAGAACACUGCCUGGAAAUCAUCAGCAAUUUUGAACCAUGCCUGGAGAACAAGAAGGAGGGAGCUCUGGGGAUUGAUGGUUUCACCAAUUACAUGCGGAGUCCAUCAGGGGACAUAUUCAACCCAGAACACUACCAAGUGAAUCAGGACAUGAGUUAUCCUUUGAGUCACUAUUUCAUUACCUCUUCACAUAAUACCUACCUCAUGGGAGAUCAACUGAUGUCCCAGUCUAGGGUGGACAUGUAUGCAUGGGUGCUACAAUCUGGCUGUCGUUGCGUAGAAGUUGACUGCUGGGAUGGGCCGGACGGUGAACCAAUUGUCCACCAUGGAUACACUUUGACUUCCAAAAUUCUCUUCAAAGAUGUGAUUGAAACUAUCAACAAAUAUGCCUUUAUCAAAAAUGAGUACCCUGUUAUCUUGUCAAUUGAGAACCAUUGCAGUGUCAUUCAGCAGAAGAAGAUGGCUCAGUAUCUUAUAGAAAUUCUGGGAGACAAACUGGAUCUGUCUUCUGUGCACAAUGAUGAUUCUACCAAGCUCCCUUCACCAGCAAGUCUUAAAGGAAAGAUACUGGUUAAGGGGAAGAAACUUCCAGCCAACAUCAGUGAUGAUGCAGAGGAAGGUGAAGUUUCUGAUGAGGACAGUGCUGAUGAGAUUGAUGAUGACUGUAAACUAAUGAAUGGAGAUGCAUCUACUAAUAGGAAAAGAGUGGAGAAUAUAGCAAAGAAAAAACUUGACUCACUGAUAAAAGAAUCCAAAAUCCGUGACUGUGAAGAUCCAAACAAUUUUACAGUUACCACUCUACCGUCAUCAGGAAAGGCUGGUCUAAAAUCAGAUAGUAAGAAGAAUAAACUUGAAGAUGAUGUGGAAUCUGGGGAAGAGUUCAGUACCAAUAAAAGGCACAGCCGGUCAUUGAUGGGCAGUUUUUCUAAACGCAAGAAAAAAGGAAGCAAAUUGAAAAAGGCAACAAGUCUGGAAGAGGGUGAAGAUGAUUCGGAUUCUCAAGGAAAUUUAGCCAGGAGCUCUGUACAUUACAGCAGGAUAAACCGACAGAAGAAAACAAUGAAGCUGUCCAGAGCACUCUCUGACCUGGUGAAAUACACAAAGUCUGUUGGCAUCCAUGAUGUUGAAACUGAAAUCUCUUCCAGCUGGCAGGUUUCAUCUUUCAGUGAAACAAAAGCCCACCAGAUACUGCAGCAAAAGCCAGCACAGUAUCUACGUUUCAACCAGCAACAGUUGUCCCGCAUCUACCCAUCUUCUUAUCGUGUGGACUCUAGCAACUACAAUCCCCAGCCAUUCUGGAAUGCUGGCUGUCAACUUGUUGCACUAAACUACCAGUCAGAGGGGAGAAUGCUGCAACUGAACCGGGCCAAAUUUAGUGCCAAUGGGAACUGUGGCUAUGUCCUCAAACCAAACUGCAUGUGUCAAGGUGUCUUUAAUCCAAAUUCUGAAGACCCACUGCCUGGUCAAUUGAAGAAACAGCUGGUUCUAAGAAUUAUCAGUGGUCAACAACUCCCAAAACCACGUGAUUCCAUGUUGGGAGACAGAGGAGAGAUCAUAGAUCCGUUUGUUGAAGUAGAAGUUAUAGGCUUACCUGUUGAUUGCUUCAAAGAACAAACUAGAGUAGUUGAUGAUAAUGGUUUUAACCCGAUGUGGGAGGAAACGUUGGUGUUCACGGUACACAUGCCAGAGAUUGCACUGAUUCGGUUCCUUGUGUGGGAUCAUGAUCCCAUUGGGCGUGAUUUUAUUGGACAGAGAACAAUAGCUUUCAGCAGCAUGAUGCCAGGUUACCGACAUGUGUACCUGGAAGGUAUAGAAGAGGCAUCCAUCUUUGUUCAUGUGGCUAUUAAUGACAUCUGUGGUAAGGCCAAACAAGCUCUAGGUCUAAAAGGCCUGUUUCUCAGAAAUCCAAAGCAGGCCUCUCUGGACAGUCAUGCUGCUGGUCAGCUCCAUCGCAAACAUUCCUUUAGCAGCCACAUCUUGAGACGGACAGCCAGUGCACCCACCAAAAGCCAGAAGAAGAACAAGAAGGGCUUUCCUGAAAUUGCUUUUGACCCAAAAGACAACAGCUCUGAAGGGGCCGGUGAAGACCGCGAAGUGGAAGCUGCCUCACAACCUUGCUUUGAGCAAGAGCGAGAAAGUGCUUCUCUGUCACCAGCUCCCAGAGAUGGUGCCAGUGGGGAGGUACAUGGCAAGGGGUUGAAAGGUAAGGCCCAUAGUUCUCGUAAAAUCAAAAGCCAAAGUUGUGCUCAAGGGGGUGCUGCUUUCAGUGAACCCAUACAGAGGUCUAACAGGGUCCGGCUUCAGGAGCACCAGAGCGAGAAGCAAAGCGUCUUUGCACGCUGUGCCAUCAACAGCUCUGGUAGGAUUGGAGUGGCCACCAAUUGCAUGAAAUGCAUGAUUGGUUCCAAAGAAAGCCCAGAUCUAGAAUGCAAGUGGAAUGACCAUCCUACCAGGCCUAUUGCUAAAGAUAUACUUCACCAUGAUCAGUAUAGCAGUAUAACUGGAGAAGAGAGGUUAGAGCUGAAAAGCUGGGGUGUUAAAGGCCAGCCCAGGCGGCAAUCAGAUUUGCAGUCUUGCAGCAGCCCUGGAACUGCCGAUGAUCUGACAAGGAGCACCCAGUCUUUUGUGAUGCCAGGGAGGAAAAACGUUGAAUCUAAAUGUCACGGAAUAAAGGCUCAUUCCCGGCAGCGGUGGCAGUGCCAAUCAGGUGGCAAGUAUGGAAGCACUGUCAACUUGGUUGCAGCCAGCAAUGGCUCUAUAUCCUCCAACUCCAGCAGUCUAGAAAGCCUCGGAAGCCCAGAAUUCCCCAAGUGCUGGUCUGAAACUUCUCGAAGGCAAGUGGGCACCCUACAGAGGGAAAUGAACGCCCUGUUCGUUCAAAAAUUGGAGGAAAUUCGAAGUAAAUCCCCUAUAUUCUUUACUGAUGUCUGCCAUUUCUCAAUACAGAGGUCAGUCACUUCUUUAUGCAGCCUAGAAACUAUCACUGAAGAGCCUGUUAUUGCCAAUGAAAACCAUCGUGCCAGCCUUUUCUUCCCUCUACCCAUUACUCCUUACAGUGAUUCUGAAGAAGGGUCUGUGUCUGAUCAUUCCACUGAAUCUCGAUCAGAAGUAAGCAGCACAUCCAACCAGCCUCAAGAAUCUCUACUCACUAGAGAACAAAGAACAAAUCUGGCUGCAGAAGACCAAGUGCAGGUAGUCACAAGAGCAGCUGACACAAGUUUAGUAGUUCAAGAAGAUGUGAGGACAAGCAUGGCAGGAUGUCUCAAAGAAGAAAAUGGUUGGACACAGGCAUGCAGUAAAGCUGAAGAUCAGUAUGGAUUGGCAGUGCAUCCUCAAAAAGCCUGGCUGGUAGUGGCAGCAGGUAAGACUGCUGGCCAACCUGUUGAAAACUGCCAGAAGAAAAAUGACCAACCAGGUCAGGUAUUAACAGACAUGAAAAGCACUGUUGAAUCCAAAGGGCAAAAACUUGGUGCAGCGGAUGUUCUGCUGCAGCAAAACAACGUGAUUAACAGCACACAGACAACUUUGCCUCCAGAUACUUUCCAGAAAGCCCAGCCUGCACAGGCUCUACCUGUUUCUGUUUCUCAGAUGAGCUCUUACAUGUUAGUAAGAAGGUCAAAGAGUGAAGGACUGAAGAUGUCAGACUCCUCAGCCUUAAAAAUUCCAAGUAGCCUGUCUCCAGCAGCAGAAGUAUACUUCGAUGCCACUGUUAAUGACCGGAUCUGGAGCAAGCUAGAUUGCAGCAAUCAUCGUGACAGCAUGUCUUCGUCUUCCAGCAUGUCCUCCAAUGACACUGUGAUAGAUCUCUCUCUACCCAAUCUAGCUCGCAAAAGCCUCCCAGAUCUUGGCAUCCGUCAUGAAAAUUUCGAGCCCCUUGCCAUAAGAAAGGGUAUGCGCCCACGAUCUGCUACAACAUCUGGAAACGAGAUGCCAAUGGUGAGCAAGAGCAAAUCCAAUCCUAACCUGAGGUCUGGCCAGCUGCCUGCAGAUGAAUUGUGCCCCCGUCCUCUUGCCAGGAGCCCUCAAGAUGCAUUCUCAUCCAUUCCUAGAAGGCAUACUUGGAGCAGGCUGUACAUAGAAAGUCUCAGACAGUCAUCUAACAAAUCCAAAGCACACGAUAUGGUUGGGAAUAACCAGGCAAAAUCCAAAAGUCUUGGAGACCUUACCUCUGAUGAUAUCGUGUGCACUUUUGAAAGCAAAUACCGUAGCAUCAGCAGGAGUUUUGUCACUCGAUCAAUGCGGGAGCAGCGCCGCUCUUCAGGCCUGAGAUCCUCAGUCAAAUCCCAGGAUGAACUGACUGAGCAGCUAAAGAAGCUGACAGCCUUUCAGCAGGAAAAUGAUAUCACUUCCCCUAUCAGUGUUGAUCCAACUGAAUCUGAAGAGGAAGGGGAGAGCUUGGGACUCCUUCGCAGGUCUUCAUCUCGCAGUCAGAGUAGGGUACGGUACAUUGCCAACAGGGCUAAGCAAGCUCAGGAGAGACAGCGGCUGCAAAGCCUAGGCCAGCUCAGUGGGAGUCCCAUUGAGGAGAGAGGAAAUCCAGAGGGAGCCUGCAGCAUUGCAAAAGCAGUUUGUAUGGAUAUAGCUUCUCCUACCAUGUUUACAUCCCAGCCUAAGAACCAAACUGAUUAUAGCACUGACACAGAAGUCUUCUUUAUGCUGAAACUGUAA